AUGGAUACGCUAACCUGGUUGUCGCUCGGGCUGCAAUUGGCAGCAUUAUGCUCCAUCGUCGGUGCUUUACUUCUUUAUUUGCUGAGGAAGGUGAAGGUCGCUGAAGUUUUACCUGUUGCAAGUGCCAAGACUGUACUUGUGACCUCUGUGGAUUCAGCAUUGGGGUUGCAGAUAGCAACAUACCUAAGUAGUCGUGGCUGGCGAGUAAUCGCUGGCUGUCGCCCUGGAGGCCUCGGAUCUCGUCUGGCGGAGUCCUGGCUGCAGAACAAUACCCCCGAAAACCAGCCCACACCACGAUUAGUUACCUUAGAGUUGGAUGUAGCCAGGGAAGAUUUAUUGGAGGAAGCUGCGAGAGCUACAGCUCAGCAUUUGCCGGCUGGUGAACAUGGCGUAUGGGCAGUGAUCAACACAGCUGGAAGUAGCGGUCGUGGUGGCGCUGCUUGCUGGGAAACGGCGCUUAAGGGAAACGUACUUGGUGCUUUACGGGUGGCUAGGACCUUCGCACCUUUAUUGGCCGCUGCUGCAUCAGAUCAUCCUUACGCUGGCCGAUUGUUUUAUAUAGGUCUAACAUCAGAUACGGCAUGCGAAAGUCUAGCGCGAAUGGAUGGCGAGGGUGAAAGUAGUGCAGGGGCAGCUGCUGUACGUUGGGGCACUUGGGGCGCUGCGCGUGCGCUUCGGGCCUCUCUUCGUGCGCGCAGGCUCCACGUUGUACUCUUGCAUACACCGGAUUUGUCUUCAGCUGAGCUGUAUUCGCCUCCAGUGCAAUUGACGCCAGCAAGUCAGCCAGCCAGCCGACCAGAUACUCCGAGCUCUGACGUAAGUUCUUCAACAUGCGCGGUGACUAUGCCUGGAGAGGCCGCGGAGUACAGCGCUAAAGUCCUUCCUACGAACGCCCUCAAGGUGUUAGAGGAAGCCCUGACUUGUCCAUCCCCCAGGGACGCGUACUACCUUAAGAUGAAGCAAGACUCUUGGUUCACAAGAAUGCCAUCUUUAAGAGUCGCAUGA